AAACCAAAAGACAUUUUGUCCAAAAAAGAGUGCCCCAUCAGGAAGUAAGGUUGGUACUUUCACUCGUGGAAUGGUUAAUGGAUUCUUUUCCACUUUGUUCUUUAUGGUUUAUAUUCAGCCAAUUGAGCCUUCUAUGGAUUUUAAUUAUAAAAUGCAGGGUGUUCAACUUGAAAAACACAUAGAUGCCACAUUGGGUAGUGGGAACUUGAGGGAAGAUGUUAAAUUGCCUCCUGGUGAAGAUAUUAAUGAGUGGGUAGCU